AUGGUUAACGUCUUUACCACGACUGUCGGCACAUUUAGAAGGCUUUUCCACCUCUUAAAAGCCCUUAAUUCUCUCCUCUUUUUUGUCAUUUGGCUCACCAUCCGUGACCUCUACUACGUCAUUGCAAACCUAUCUCUCCCCCGCCGUAAGGUUGAAAGCGUUGUGCUUUCCGACCAGCCAGGUCAUGGUGGCGUCUGGCCGCAAUUUCAGGCGCCCAUUCAGGCCACUGACUCUCGUUCGCCCUGUCCAGCGCUCAACGCUCUUGCCAACCACGACAUCUUGCCCCGCAGUGGUAAACACAUCAGCUACAAGCAAAUGUCGCAUACCAUCCAACAUGCGUAUAACCUUGCACCGUCGCUCGCCGACCAGCUCACUGCCUCAGCCUAUCAGCUCGACCAAGGGCGGAGCUGGAUUGACCUGCAGGACCUCAGCGCUCUGAACGUCAUCCAGCACGAUGCCUCAUUUACGCGUCCUGACAUCGCCUUCUGUCCUGACCAGGGCGUCCCGCACCCGGAUCUAGUAGACAGAUUCCUCUCCCACGCAUCGAAUGGCAAAUCCCUCUCGCUCGACGACAUAGUCUACUUCUCUGGUGUCCGACGCGCAGAGUGCAAACGUACCAACGGCCAAUACUCUAUGACGUGGAGCUUCCUGCACCAGUUCUUUGGCUCCGGAAACAACGCGCUCAUGUAUUCGAUUUUUGGCGGUGAUGUGGAAGAUCUCCGGGUUUGGCUUAGUGAGGAGCGCUUUCCGGACCAGUGGGAGCCGAGAAAUAGAGAGGCGCGAGGGCAUACCAUAAUGCAAGCGGUGAGCAAGACGCUCAUAAUCGAGCUUAACAUCAAUGAAAAGCAGAAGCUCCGGUCUGAGAACACGGCCUUGAAUGAGACCAGGGAGCCGUAG